AUGGAGACAGAUGAGCAGCAGCGUGCAGACGCCGUGCUGAUGGCGCGCUGGGUGAAGCGGUGUCCCUGCUUCCCUCUCCGGGACCAGGAUGUCACCCUGCUCGACUACAGACACUGCAGCCUGCAGUUCGUGCCGGACGAGGUCUUCAACCACGAGCGCACGCUCAGGGAACUCUACCUGGACUCGAACCAGAUCAAAGAGCUGCCGCGGCCGUUGUUUCACUGUCACGGUCUGCGCAAGCUGGGACUGAGCGACAACGAUAUCCAGUCACUCCCGUCGGCCGUCGCCAGCCUGGUCAGUCUAGAGGAGCUGGACAUCAGCAAAAAUGGCAUCCUUGACUUUCCGGAGAACAUCAAAUGCUGCAAGUGCCUGGCAGUAAUUGAAGCUAGCGUGAAUCCAUUGGGAAAACUUCCAGAGGGGUUCACGCAAUUGCUGAAUCUCACUGAGCUGUAUCUUAAUGACACAUUCCUCGAGUACCUGCCAGGCAACUUUGGCAGGUUGUCACGGUUACGCAUCCUGGAGGUGAGAGAGAACCACCUGAAGACGCUGCCAAAGUCGAUGUCCCGCCUUCAGCAGCUGGAGCGGCUAGACGUUGGCAACAACGACCUGCUGGAACUGCCAGAAGUCAUCGGCAGUCUCGUAAGCCUCCUGGAGCUGUGGUGUGAUUACAACAAGAUCGCCAGCCUGCCGGCGGGACUGGGAAGGCUGAAACAGCUGAUGUUCCUUGAUGCAUCGAACAAUUUCAUCGCGCACGUAGCGGACGAGGUGCUAGGCUGUGACUCACUGUCUGACCUCUACUUGUCCACCAACUGUCUCACACACCUACCACACAGCAUAGGUAAACUGAGCAACCUGACAACGCUCAAAGUGGACAACAACAGGCUUGUGGGCGUUCCAGCAAGUAUUGGCAAACUCAGCAGCCUCUCCGAGCUAAACCUGAGCAAGAACGACAUCCGACGGUUGCCGGGGACGAUGGGGCUGCUGCGGAACCUGCGCACGUUCAACGCGGACGACAACGUUAUCGAGGAACUUCCGCAAGAGGUGAGUUGCUGA